CGGCCUGGCAUGUCUCCAGGGAGCCGGAUGCCCAUGGCUGGUUUGCAGGUGGGACCCCCUGCUGGCUCCCCAUUUGGCACAGCUGCUCCACUCCGACCUGGCAUGCCACCCACCAUGAUGGAUCCAUUCCGAAAACGCCUGCUCGUGCCCCAGGCCCAGCCCCCGAUGCCUGCCCAGCGCCGGGGGUUAAAGAGGAGGAAGAUGGCAGAUAAGGUUCUACCUCAGCGAAUUCGGGAGCUUGUCCCAGAGUCUCAGGCAUACAUGGAUCUGCUGGCUUUUGAGCGAAAGCUGGACCAGACCAUUGCUCGCAAGCGGAUGGAGAUCCAGGAGGCCAUCAAAAAGCCUCUGACGCAAAAGCGGAAGCUACGGAUCUACAUUUCCAAUACGUUCAGUCCCAGCAAGGCAGAUGGUGAUAAUGCAGGAACUGCAGGGACUCCUGGGGGAACACCAGCAGGGGACAAGGUGGCUUCCUGGGAGCUCCGAGUGGAGGGAAAACUGCUGGAUGAUCCUAGCAAACAGAAGAGGAAGUUUUCUUCAUUCUUUAAGAGCCUCGUUAUUGAGCUGGACAAGGAACUGUAUGGGCCUGACAACCACCUGGUGGAGUGGCACCGGAUGCCCACCACCCAGGAGACAGAUGGCUUCCAGGUGAAACGGCCUGGAGACCUCAAUGUCAAGUGCACCCUCCUGCUCAUGCUGGAUCACCAGCCUCCCCAGUACAAACUGGACCCUCGACUGGCGAGGCUGCUGGGUGUGCACACACAGACCCGGGCUGCCAUCAUGCAGGCCCUCUGGCUUUACAUCAAACACAACCAGCUACAGGAUGGGCACGAACGCGAGUACAUCAACUGCAACCGUUAUUUCCGCCAGAUCUUCAGCUGCGGCCGACUCCGUUUCUCUGAAAUUCCCAUGAAGCUGGCUGGGCUUCUGCAACAUCCAGACCCCAUCGUCAUUAACCACGUCAUCAGCGUGGACCCUAACGACCAGAAGAAGACGGCCUGUUACGACAUUGACGUGGAGGUGGACGACCCACUGAAGGCCCAGAUGAGCAAUUUUCUGGCCUCCACCACCAAUCAGCAGGAGAUUGCCUCCCUGGAUGUCAAGAUCCACGAGACCAUUGAGUCCAUCAACCAGCUGAAGACCCAGAGGGAUUUCAUGCUCAGCUUUAGCACCGACCCCCAGGACUUCAUCCAGGAGUGGCUUCGUUCCCAACGCCGAGACCUCAAGAUCAUCACCGACGUGAUUGGGAACCCUGAGGAAGAGAGACGUGCCGCUUUCUACCACCAGCCCUGGGCCCAGGAGGCAGUGGGAAGGCACAUCUUUGCCAAGGUGCAGCAGCGAAGGCAGGAACUGGAACAGGUGCUUGGGAUUCGCCUGACCUAACUGCUCAGGGAUCUCUUCUUCCUUCCCAGCCCUGGAGUCUGGAAGGGGCCCUUUCUGGGUCCUAGCUGGGGCCGCAGACAUGUAGGAUGGGGUGAGGGGCGCCUGCCACCCUCCAGUCCCCAGCUUCAGUAAACUGUAGUGAUAGGAUUCCUUGUUGCUUGGUCCCCAAAGCCUUAUUACUUUGCUCUUUGGCUUUAAUUAGGUUCUCAACAGCUGCCUCCUCUGCCCCCUGCAGGCAGGUCCAAGUAGGACUGCUGGAGGCUGUGCUUUGAUGUUGUAAUGAGACGGAACCAAAGGCCGCUGGGU